UCUCAUCUCCCCACACUAUCUCUGUCUAAACUUAAUACCAUUGAUUUCUCUUUCUUGUUUAUUCUAUAUAAUUGCGAAACCCCACUCAAUUACAAUCCCCUACCAUUUCCUUAUUUAUUUUUUCUUCCCCUCUUUUCAUCUAUCAAAAGUCAGCGCCUGGUUUUGUCUUCUUCUUCUCUCUCAUUUCUAACAGUUUCUUGCCAGAGGAGUCAGCUGCAGAUUUCAGAAGAGACCCUUCUUUUUUCUUGGUGAGUUUUGCCUCAGAAAUUAAGAGAAAAAGGUUCAAGGCCCAUGGAGGUUGAUUGGGAUCUGCAUGCGGUGGUGAGAGGCUGCGCCACUGUUACAACGACGAGCAGCGGUGGUGUUGCAACCAGUUCUUUCAUGGCUGAUUUAUAUCCUCAGUCUUGUUUUUCUUCGUUUGGUAGUCAAGAAGCUUUUCAGAGUCAAGUUUUGUCUUUUCCGAAUCCGAUUGAAGCUAGAAAUGCUAUGGAAGAAUUGCAUGAGCUUUACAAGCCUUUCUUCCCCAAAUCCCAGCCUCUUUCCCCACAGAGCACGCCUUUAUCUUCAUUUUCGUCUCUUGGCAUGUCCAAAGAUCAACCGCAGAUAAAACAACAGCAACAGCAAAAGCAGUCUCACGCUAGCUCUGUUACAAGCGCUGUUACUACAGCUAGUAGCAACACUGCAACUGCCAAUUCUCAUAAUUCUCGAUCUAAAAGAAGAAAGAACCAGCUAAAAAGGGUUUGCCAAGUACCAGCAGAAGGUCUCUCUGCAGACGUGUGGGCAUGGAGAAAAUAUGGUCAGAAACCCAUCAAAGGCUCCCCUUAUCCAAGGGGCUAUUACAGAUGCAGCAGCUCAAAGGGAUGUUUGGCCCGAAAACAAGUGGAACGAAACAGAUCCGACCCGGCUAUGUUCAUAGUCACAUAUACAGCUGAACACAACCACCCUGCUCCCACGCACCGAAACUCACUUGCAGGCAGCACCCGCCAGAAGCCUUUCACUCCACAAGCAGUCACCGCCGGUGACUCCACCAAAUCCUCCUCAGCCAAACCCGCCAACAGCUCAUCUCCAACUACCUCCGUGGAGGAAGAGCUUGUACUUCAGAGUACAAAGGUGGAGAGCAGAGAGGAUUUGGCUGAAGAUGAAGGAGAGGAUGAUUUUGGGAUGUCAGACACGGCAGUGAGUGAUGACUUCUUUGAGGGUUUAGAAGGACUCGCUGACAUGGUCACCGGAGAUUGCUUUUCUGAUCAGUUUCCCGCUAGUUUUGACCUUCCAUGGUUCGCUAACAAUGCAGCUACUGCUGCCGGUGGCAUCUAAAACUCGCCCGGAAAGAUUGCUUUCAUGGCUUUAUAUGUAUUUUUUUCCUUUUAAUUCUUGUAUAUGUCAUACACUUUAGAAGGUAGAGGGAAUUGGCUGUACCUUUUGGUAGAAUCUAAGCCAACAAUUGCUUUUGUAUUGCACCUUUUAGAAUUCCAUUUAGGAGUCUUGUAGAGGAAAAAAGAUUUAGCUUCCUGUUUCAGUUCUUGAGGUAAAGUUAGUUACAGAGCUAGGAGAAGUUUUAGUUUUAGACAUCCUUUUUGUCGGAUAAAACUAAAGUGCAAUCGGUCAUUAAUCUAUCAGGGUGACAGGAUCAAGACCAUCUUUGUUUACCUUUCUUGUAUGAGUUCUUGAUUUUCAA